AUGGCUACUACAACAAACCAGUGCAUAUUUUGCAGCCGCAAACGCUGCCUAGUCCUCGACUACAAAUUUAGCUCUGGCGUGGAUCUAGACUGGUUCCGAGGCGAAUUUGACAAAGUCGCUAGGAGCAGCAGGACCAGGAUCCUCUCUUGGAGUCUAAAGGGCAAUCUUAUGCACCCAAAGCAUGCAUAUGCUGUCCUGGAUCUUGCUGAUCCCCAAGCCAGUAAUCCUGCGCUGGGGUUUGUUCUUCCGAACGGCAGCGGUGCAUCCGUUACUCCCAUUGCCUUUUGGCAUUGGACCUAUGCGGAGGCUAUUGAAGCCAUCAAUGAAGGGGACCCGGGAGCGAGGGGUGGCCGCUGUGGUCAGGAUAAAUGA